AUGUUGAAGGCUUCCCGUUUCGAGAACUUCCUCACCUACCUAAUGAAACUAGUACCUACCUCUUCAACAAGCAUUUCAGUCUGUGAACAUCCUUGGCAAACUCAUGAGCAGAAUAUACUCGCGUCGUACUCACAAUGUUCAGAAUUCCAGGACCACGGAGUUAGAUGCACUCCACAUGAUCCCAUUGAAUGCACCGGUCGAAAUCCAGUAUGCAUUUUUUCAAAGCAGACCAACGACUAUCGCUGUUGCUCAGAUGUCCCUCAAGACUUAAGUAAUCCACCUGGAAUCCCCGAGCAGGUGAAACCAAUUUGUCCAUACGGUUUCGUCUUACGAUAUUCCUCAUGGCUGUUGUGUGAAUCCGACCGAAGAGCAAGCGCUUGUCCAGAGGAAUACACAUGUGAGCAGGCAGUUAAUCAUCAAAUGUUGGUUACUUACAAUAUGCACUUAUGUGCAAGACGUCAACACUGGAUUCAUUCGAAAACGGUAAGAAUGUUCUACGAAACGAAAGUGGGUAUCAAUAAAAUGUCAGCAAAUCUCUCUAUGCCAUUAUUCUACGUGACAUCUAUCUCCCCGUCGAUAAUUCCACAUGCUCCCUUACGAGGAAUCGAUUAUGUUGUCCUCAAUGAACAUUCGGCGACGACCACUAAUAUACCGCCAGAAAUUCGGACUGGCGAUCAUUUUUCCAUGCUACCGUACCGCUUCAGAAAGCCAGUCUAUCUCAAAAAGGUGGGGUUAUCGAUUCUUUCUCGCUAA